AUGGAUUCUUCUGCCUGCCCGCCUCAAACGUGGCUUGAGCUAGAAGGCAAGCUUGAGCUCAUCAUUCGAGCCGACGCACGAUUCAUGCUCGGCUUUUUAUGCUCCAUUCUCUGCUGCUUGCCUCGCAUGAUUUUUGGUUGGGUUCUUCGCCUUUUAAGUCUGUUGAUCUGGAAUAUUUAUUUGGUUCUUGGGUGCUUCUCCUCCGGGCAUCAAUCGAGCGUGUCCGUUUUGCUUCACCAGGGAAGUGCCCCGUCUGGGACUGCACGUAGAGAAUCACAACUGGCAAAAUACACGAGGAAUCACUGGCCAUGCAGACAUCGCAACCACAUUUUUGGAACCCAAGAUCAUGCUGUGAAACCUGAAGCAGGGAACCUCGACUGGGGCAUCUGCACACCCAUUUCGCUCCAACAUGCGAUCAGCAGCAUCAAGAGUCGACCAAAGACUUCAGACUUCUUCAAGUGGGGCAGAUACAGGCUCGACAAGGGAUCAAGCAAAUCCUCGUUAUCGAUCGCUGGCCCCGUGUCCAAAAAUGAUGAAGAUGCAACCUUUGACAAAGAGGCCGAUACGACGGUGAGGCUCAAGAGGAGUCGGCGCUUCUCGAAGCGAGGAAGCGAUGGUACGCUGCAGCCCUCUGCCUCUCCUCCCCGUGGGCCGGGCUUGUGCAACCAUCACGAAGCGCCGUGCGAUAACAAUCGGGCUACAGGACCACCUGAAGCGCCACUCUCGUCCUACGCGACGCCACCCCCGCUUGCGUUACCAGUAGGUCGAGUUGCGAGAGACGCCAACUUCGAAGCUGCAAUUCCACACUCAACAAGAGCCCGACUCCUGACAGUCGACGGUGGCGUCAAGACAUCAAGCAAAGAUUGCAAAUGCCUGCAAGGGCAGCGCAAUGAAGCCCUCAGCAGAGCCGUACUGGUUCAUCCAGAUCAACGUGAGGCUCCCUCAUCAUUGCCAUGGGCAGUUCCCAAGCCCGUAGGCAAGAAGUACACCACCGCCAUCCACUUCAGCAAAGCGCUCAAUGAUAGCUCGCCGACGUGGCGAUCUAUUCCAGGGGCGAGGCAAGUAGCUGGGGGAAGCUCGAGCAACGGCAAAGGCAAAGCUAAAGCGUGGUCUAAUACCACUGGUGCGAGAGGAAGCUCUGCCCAGAACACGGCAAAUUCGCACACGUGGGAUCGAAGCACGGCCAAUGGCGAAGACGGCGAGGGCGAGGGCGACGACGAUGACAACGACGAUGAGGACGAUGACCAGUCGGAACCAGAUCUGCCUACGGACCAAGAGGCGUCAAAUCCCUCAACGUCGGGAAAAGUCUUUCGAUGUCCCAUAUAUGCGGCCGACCCUUCCCUCUGCGACAAUCCGAGGUGUUCGCGAUGGUACGCACCAAAGAUUCAAGCGGUGACACGGCACAUCAAAAAGAGCCAUCCUCGAAUAGAGGAGGACAAGAAGAAGACGAUCGAGACUUGGCAGAAACGCAGGCUCAAGCCGGAAGAAAGAUGGAGGGAAUACUAUCGAUUGUUUGGAGGGGACGAUCCCUCGUCGGUGUGUCCGUACACGGUCGAAACGAACGCUCCGAACCCCGUCGCAACCGCGUUGGCCCAAGCCGUGAACGACAUCAAGCAGUACUUGUCACCGCCGAUGCCGACUUCUUCUCACGAGACUCUUCGUUCGUUCUUGAGACUAUACGCCGAAAAGGCGGACCGAGAUUCCCAAGCAAGGAUCGGCUUUCACUCACAGGAGGCGAAAAUCCAUCGCCGGUUUGAACAGCGUCUGAGACAAUCGAGGGAGGUGUUCGCCGACGCCGUAGAGACGCUGCUGACAUCGCCGGCCGUGUCUUCGAGUCGAUGGGGCGCAACGGGGCAUGCUUCACCAGAAGGCGCCACCAUGGCGAACGCAAGUCAGGACGAGGUUCUCUUAGAGAUCACGGGAAAUUCAGGACGACGACAGUCUACCUACGCCACGGACAUUGGGAACGAUGAGUCGGGACUUGCAGCUCCGACUUCAACCUCAACAAACAUGCCGCAGCAGGACCCGGCGUACCUGAUGGUACCUACAGGUAUGAUGAGAACGCCAUCAUCAUCCCAGCAGCAGCACCACCACCGCCGCCGCCGCCAACACCAACACCAGCACCCGCACCAGCACCAGCACGAGUUCGGCAGAGGAGGAAUCCCUCCGCCCCAGAUGGGGACCAAUAUGUCCGUACUUGGUACGGGCAUCUACCAGCGCCAGGAGUCGAUCAACGAAGUCUUGUCCGAGACCGACAGAGUACUUCAUGCUCAAACUGCAGCUGCAGCUGCAGCAUCAUCAUCGUCGUCGUCAUCGCCGCCGCCGACAAAGCGUGCGAGAUUCCACGUGCAUCAGCAGCAGCAUCAGCAGCAGCAGCAUCAGCAGCAGCAGGUCGAGCUUCAACAGGCGUCUUGGGAUGAUCCAGCGGCGUUUGCAUUCGGAUUCACUUCCACACCUUAUCAAAGUUUCCCGGGAUCCAACUUCCAAGGGCCCUCGUCGCCCUCACCGUCACUAAACAGCGGCUGCCAGUGUUGGAUGCCUAGCGCUUCAAUGAGACUGUAUUGCUCGAGGUGCCAAAGUGACAGUCCGCAUGGUACCUGUUAUUGCCAGCAGCAACAGGGGAUGAACGUGCUGAGGUGUAUGAUAUGUAGAUUGAAAGCUAGCUAG